GUACCUAUAUGACCUUUGACAGUACUUUGUGGCCAAACAACAACGUGCUGGCGAAACAACGCCCCCGCGGAGCAAAGUCCAACGCAAGAAUACCCAACAAGGAAUACUUCCAAGUUCCAGCAUGGCUGAAUUUGAUCCCAGUAAGAAGUGGGUUGAGCUUCACCUUCACCUGGAUGGAGCAGUUCGAACGGAGACACUCCUGGAAGUUGCCAGGCGUCGUGGCUUGUCCUUGCCGGCAGACACAGUAGAUGACUUGGUGCCACAUGUGAGCAUGAACAACCCAGGCCACAUCGACGACAUGUUCCACGCAUUUCACACCCUAAUACCAGUCCUCAGUGGUGACCAUGCGGCUAUUCGGAGGAUAGCGUAUGAGUUAUGUGAGGACCAGGCUCAACAGGGGGUUGUGUACUUUGAAGCACGUUACUGCCCACAUCUACUCACAAGUAAUCUCACAGGUGAGAGUGGAGAUGACCCAACUGCAGCUGAGGUUGUGGAGCUUGUCAAUGCAGGCCUGCAGCAGGGGAGUAAGGACUAUAACAUACAAGCCAGAAGUCUGCUGUGUGCCAUCAGGGAACAUCCAGAGUGGUCCCAUGAGAUGGUGGAACUAUGUGGGAAGUACAGCAGUGAUGGUGUGGUGGGGCUGGACCUGGCAGGAGGGAAGGUUGGAUACAAAGAAGAUGCAAACCUACCUCAUAUCAAGGCCUUCCAGGAUGCCCAAAGGCUUGGAGUCCAUCGAACAAUUCAUGCAGGGGAGGUCGGAGGGCCAGAAAUAGUUGAGGAGGCAGUGACAGAGAUGCAUGCAGAGCGUAUAGGCCAUGGAUAUCAUGUCUUGGAUGAUGAGGACUUAUACCAACGUCUCAAGAAGGAAGGCAUGCAUUUUGAGGUGUGUCCUGUGUCCAGCUACAUGACAGGUGCUGUACAGACAGACUUCAAACAACAUCCAGCCAAGAGGUUUGCCCAAGAUGGCGCCAACUUUUCCCUGAGUUCUGAUGAUCCCAGAGUCUUCCUCACAUCACUGACAAGAGAACGGAAAUUUGUGAAAGAAAACUGGGGCUUUGAUGAUGCCUUGAUUUCUACCCUGAAUCUGAAUGCAGCACGAGCAUGUUUCUUACCGGAGGCAGACAAGGCCAGACUUGUGAGCCACGUCCAGAUGCUCCAGGGACCCUGAGCACCUGACUGAGUGAAUAGUGCUAGUCUCACUGAAAUAAAAACACCUGCAGUGGGUGUUAUUGGAAGACAGGCAAAGUCCAGACUAAAAACAAGAAAUAGCCAUGCCUUCAAGUACCAGAGUUAUCAACCAAGAAUUCAAGAUGUUCAAAACCUCAUUCUUUCUUCGAACUAUUGCAGAGUGGGGCUUGCUGUCACUAAGUACAGUAGAGGCGUUAUAUUACAUAGCUUUAAACAAUGUUUAGAGUUAGUCUUAGAUGUUCAAGGGUUACAUGUAGGUGUAACAAGUCGUUCGGUGUAAAAUAGCCAACUGCUGCCGCGCCGCGUGCCUGGAAAGCUGGUGUGUUAUGACGAGGGGCAGUUAUGCUGGCUAUACAGAAUACAGAUACAGAAUGGUCAUAUAAAUACUCACAACAACACUUACAUUAUUGAUAUUAAGUCUAACUAUAAAACAGCUGUAAGCACUAGUAUAUUGCUUUGUUGUAAACUAAUUUUAAUAACCAGGUAUAUAUUUUACAUGAUUUAGAUUUAGAUUUACUAAUUGUUUUGUUUAUUAUUGGGGGAGAUAAGAAUAGUGAAACAGUGUGCCUGAUUGCACACCAAUCCUUUGGUCAGUUGUUCAAACUUGUCAAGUUGACCUCAGUUUUUUAUCUCCUGUUGAUGUUUCUCAUCAUAAAAACUAGCUGCUUCUGAUCUCAGCAAUGUCAUGUGGCAAUUGUAAUUAUUGAAUAAACUAUAUGAGAUUUAUUAGAUAGAGGUGUAUGAAAAUAUGAGAUGUAAAAAUUGCAUUGCAAAGGAAAUCAAGUUUGAUACAUCUAAUAGAACUAAAGUUAGGUUACCUAUAGAUUUCUUGAGGUUUCAAUAAUUUUAAGUAUAUACUGUGAUGUUUUCGUCAAUCUGUUGUUUUUUAUCAAAUGGUAUCAAUUUGUCAUUUUUAUCAUGUACUUGUACCUGUAGCUCUAUUGAGAGUCUUGCAUGGGGACUCUCAAGAUAUGAUUUACUAAUUUACCUUGAAUGUGCAUUACAAAGCAAAUAAAACAAGAAUUUGGAGAUCUCAUAC